UUCCUUCCUAAUCCCUUCCUCCCUGUUAAAAGGGUCAAACCCAACUAUCGCCCAAAAAGAGUUUCCAUUAACGGUGAUCCUCUAACAUUGAAGCGCUGCCGUUUUGUUAUUUUUACCUCUUAUGCUAUUGGCGAUCGAUUCUUUCUAUCCCGGUAACGUCCCGGUGGCCGGAAAAGGAAAUUGAAUUGUUUCUGUAUUAUGAAGAGAAACGGAAACAUCGGGAACAAUAAAGGCUCGAAUAUUGGUAAUAAUAAUCGCUUUUUGCCGAAUUCUUUGAAAUUCAUUUCUUCCUGCUUGAAAACAGCCUCUUCCGGUGUCCGGUCAGCUAGUGCCUCCGUCGCCGCUUCUGUUACCGGAGGUUCUCAGGAGCAUCCAAGAGAUCAGUUGCAAUGGGCUUCCUUUGACAGACUAGAGCUUGCCCCCUUAUCUUUUAAAAGGGUUCUCUUACUUGGAUACUUCAAUGGCUUUCAAGUUCUUGAUGUCGAAGAUGCCUCUAAUGUCAGUGAACUUGUUUCAAGGCGUGAUGAUCCAGCUACAUUUUUACAAAUGCAACCACUCCCUGAAAUGUCUGAGGGUCAUGAAGGAUUUAGAGCAUCACAUCCUUUACUUCUGGUUGUUGCUGAUGAGUCAAAGGUCUCGGGUUUGAUGCUUACCAGAAGAGAUGGUUUUGAGGAGCCUAAAAAUGGAAAUACUCUUCUCUCUCCUACUGUUGUUCGAUUCUAUUCCCUAAGGUCUCAUAAUUAUGUUCACGUAUUGAGAUUCCGGUCAACUGUAUAUAUGGUUCGGUGCAGUCCUCGAAUAGUUGCUGUGGGGCUUGCAACACAAAUAUACUGCUUCGAUGCUCUCACUCUAGAAAAUAAAUUUAGUGUCCUCACCUAUCCUAUCCCUCAAGCAGGAGGCCAAGGAAUGUUUGGGAUUAGUAUAGGAUAUGGUCCCAUGGCAGUGGGUCCCAGGUGGUUAGCUUAUGCUUCAAACAAUCCAUUGCAGUCAAAUACAUGUCGCCUGAGUCCACACAACCUGACUCCUUCUGGUGUUAGUCCAUCAACUUCUCCCACUAGUGGGAGUCUUGUGGCUCGAUAUGCCAUGGAAUAUAGUAAGCAAUUAGCUGCUGGGUUAGUCAAUCUGGGUGACAUGGGCUACAAAACUUUGUCAAAAUACUAUCAAGAUUUUGUUCCUGACAGUUCUGGUUCUCCUAUGUAUUCAAAUUCAGGCUGGAAAGUUGGUCGGGGUGCAUUACAUUCUGCAGACACUGAUAUUGCCGGGAUGGUGGUUGUCAAAGAUUUUGUUUCCAGAGCAGUAGUAUCACAGUUCAGGGCCCAUAGUAGUCCAAUUUCUGCUCUAUGCUUUGAUCCAAGUGGGACUCUUCUAGUUACAGCCUCAAUACAUGGGAACAAUAUAAAUAUUUUUCGGAUCAUGCCAUCCUCAACAAAAAUUGGAUCUGGCACUCAAAGCAAUGAUUGGAGUUCUUCACAUGUGCACCUUUAUAAGCUCCAUCGUGGGAUGACAUCAGCUGUGAUCCAAGAUAUUUGCUUUAGUGCUUUCAGUCAGUGGAUUGCCAUUGUUUCAUCUAGGGGCACUGGCCAUAUUUUUGUUCUUUCACCGUUUGGUGCUGAGAAUGUACUCCAAAUCCGGAAUUCUCUCGUUGAUGGGCCUAUCUUAUCACCGGUUGUGUCUUUCCCUUGGUGGUCCACUCCAUCUUUCUUGAGAAACUAUCAAACAUUUUCUUUGCCAGCACCACCAACUAUUACCCUCUCUGUUGUUAGCAGAAUUAAAAGUGUUAACUCUGGAUGGCUUAAUACAGUUACCAAUGCUGCAUCCUCUACUGCUGGAAGAACCUCCUUCCCUUCUGGUGCUUUCUCUGCCAUUUUUCAUAACUCUUUACCUAAUGAUACACAACGAACUCAGGUAGAUGCGAAUGUUUUGGAGCACCUACUAGUUUACACUCCUUCUGGGCAUGUUGUUCAACAUAAGCUACUGCCUUCAUUUGGAGGAGAGGCAAGUGAAAGUGCUUCGAGAAUUGGACCAGAUUCUGCUCUCCAGGUGCCAGAAGAGGGGUUGCGGGUGAAAGUUGAACCUAUGCAAGCAUGGGAUGUAUGCAGAAGAACAGAUUGGCCAGAAAGAGAGGAAUGCGUUUCUGGAAUGACUUAUGGGAGAAAAGAACCGUUAGAGGUGGCUAUGGAUGGUUCUGACUCUGAAGAAAAUAAUGCUGGGCAAAAGGACUUGUCAAAACCCCAAGACCUAGCACACUUGUAUCUUUCCAAUGCAGAAGUGCAAAUAAGCUCUGGAAGGGUACCAAUCUGGCAGAAUUCUAAGGUAUCAUUCUAUGCAAUGAGUCCUGUGCGAUUCAAUGAGCAUAAGUUCACUGCUGAUCAGUCUGGUGGAGAAAUUGAAAUAGAACGGAUGCCUGCUCAUGAGGUUGAAAUUCGACAGAGGGAUUUAUUACCUAUCUUUGAGCAUUUUCACAGGAUUCAACCUGAUUGGAAUGACAGGGGCUUAGCUGCAGAAAGUUAUCCAAUGUCAUCUUCUCAUGAUGCCAAAGCAAGAUUCUCUGAAGUCACUGUUAUUUCUCACUCUAAGUUAGUGUCACCUGGCUCGACUGAAAAUUCAGAUAAUGGGUCAUCAAGAAAUUCUUACCCGCCGAGCAUUCAGUAUGGGAAGGAUAGUAGUGGGAUAGAAGGACAGAGUUCUAUUUUGACAUCAGAUAUGCUUAACCAGAGCAGUCUUAGCAAAGAUGCUGGUUUAGCUCCUUUUGGUCAAUCUAAAAUGGGUGUCUGUCACAUUGAGGAUAAUAAAUCUAGUAAUAGUCCAUCAUCAUUAACAAGUGACUCUCUAUCUGGUGGAAGAAACAGUGGUGGAAGCAGUGAUGUUUCGAACACAAGUUCUAACCGGUCAGAUUUGAGCUUGAACAUGUUAGACGAGGGGCCUGUAAAUGAAUCACCAGAUUUUGAGCACUUUUUUCGAGAAGAGUACUGUAAAGUGUUGCCCUCAAGUGCGUGUGUCGAGCCAAGUGAGCUCCCUACUGAUGUUGACAGCAACAGUAGUCCUUGUGAGAGAGAAAAAUCAGAGGAAGGAGACAAUGAUGAUAUGUUCGGGGGAAUUUUUUCUUUCUCUGAGGAUGGUUGAGUUCUAUCUUGUGUUCCUUUCCUGAUGCGAACGCCAUGUUUAUUUUUGUCGAUGUCAGGUUCAACCGCAGGCUUAUAGGGAAUAGGCCGGCAAACUAAUUGGAAGGGUGGUUUGGUGAUUUAAGAAGCUACUGACUGAUUGAUUCAAUUAAUAUAAAGACUGGCUCAUUGUGCCACUAGGGCAACUCUCUGGAUUCUACCCACUUAGUGUACAUGUUGUAAAUUGAUAUUCUCCUAAAUGCAAAUUUGCAAGGCAUGCUAUUUCUGUGUUGUGUAACAUUAUUCAUUCUUCAAAUAAAAAGAAAAAGUAAUAAAAAAAAGAAAAUGAAUUUCUGUACA